AUGAUGUCGGCGGAUAAUUCGCCAAUAAAGACCUCCAAAUCAUUUAAUGAAAUAGAGUCCACCGAAGAUUUUGAAAAUCAGGAUACAUUGUUAAAACAUGUCGACAUAUCUAUUGUGGAAUCUGAGAAACGGGCGAACGGUACCCUACAUGUACGUGAUCACUACACGGUGUAUCUAAUUGACCUAAAAGUAACAGAUACAAAUUAUCAACUAGUACAAUCCAAGUUGAGUACUAUUUGGAGGAGGUAUACAGAGUUUGAGCAGAUUCAUGAUUAUCUGCAGGUUACAUAUUCUCAUGUUGUCAUACCACCACUGCCAGAAAAAAGGGUAUUAUAUGCUUGGCGUAAGUCGGAUACAACUGACCCAGAAUUUAUAGAAAGGAGGAGGGCCGGUCUAGAGAAUUUUCUUUUACGGGUAGCCUCACAUCCGAGGCUAUGCUUUGAUGAUCAAUUCAUAAAUUUUCUGCAACAAGAACAUGGCUGGAGAGAAACAAUUACUGAUAGUGGGUAUUUAUUAUUGGCGGAAAAUAAGCUGAAAUCACUGUCAGUAUCAAUAAGACUGAAAAAACCUGAUCCAGAAAUUGAAAGUAUUAAGAACUAUGGGAAACAACUGGAAACAAACCUUGGAAACUUUUUGUAUACUAGAUCUAAGAUAAUAGAAAAGAACUAUGCUCUGUGCAAACUUCACGCUGACUAUGGGAAACUGUUUAGUGAGUGGAGUGUUAUAGAAAAAGAAAUGGGUGAUGGCUUGCAAAAGGCGGGUCAUUAUUUCGACUCGAUAGCGGACAGCAUAGACGCGGUGGCCGAAGACGAGGAGCAAAUUGCGGACCAGUUGAAGGAGUACCUGUUCUACGCUGGCGCCCUGCAGCAGCUUUGCAGCAACCACGAGGCCCUGCAACGGAACCUUGAGGUCGCUCAAGACACCCUCAACAACAGGAUAGCGGAGCGCGGUCGGGCGGCGGCCGGCAAGUCGGGGCUGAUGUCGCGGCUGUUCGGCACCACGGAGCCGGACAUCGUGCGGGACCAGAGCACCCGCGCGCUGGACGCCAAGAUCCUCGCCGACCGGCUGGCGCUGCGGCGGGCGCACGAGGAGCUGGAGGAAUUCACCAAGAAGGCAACGGUCGAAAUUGAAUAUUUCCAAAAGCAAAAAGACAAAGAUCUGCACGAGUCACUCGUAAGCUUCAUAACGCUGCAAGUGAAAGCCGCUAAAAAGAACUUACAGGCGUGGACGCAAAUCAAGGAGUGCAUUCAGAAUAUGCCU